UAUGAGGCGGUGAGAGGCCCGGGGCCUACCUCCGAGGAGCGGGGUCGCAGCGCCAGCUAGCAGCGGGCCCCCUCCCGGUCCCCGGGCCCGGCGGCGGCUCAGUUGCGAGGAGGCGAGGAAGCGAGUGUCCGGCCCCAGCCAUGGAGGGCAUGGACGUGAACCUGGACCCCGAGCUGAUGCAGAAGUUCAGCUGCCUGGGCACCACCGACAAGGACGUGCUCAUCUCCAAGUUCCAGCGGUUGCUCGGCUUCCAGCUCAACCCGGCCGUCUGUGCCCUCUUCCUGGACGUGACCAACUGGAACUUACAAGCAGCAAUUGGCGCCUAUUAUGACUUUGAGAGCCCAAACAUCAGUGUGCCCUCUAUGUCCUUUGUUGAAGAUGUCACCAUAGGAGAAGGGGAGUCGAUACCUCCUGAUACUCAAUUUAUAAAAACAUGGCGGAUCCAAAAUUCUGGCGCAGAUGCCUGGCCUCCAGGGGUUUGUCUUAAAUAUGUCACGGGAGACCAAUUUGGACAUGUGAACAUGGUAAUGGUUAGAUCGCUAGAGCCCCAAGAGAUUGCAGAUGUCAGCGUCCAGAUGUGCAGCCCCAGCAGAGCCAGAAUGUAUCAGGGACAGCGGCAGAUGUGCACUGUUACAGGACUCUACUAUGGAGAUGUCAUCUGGGUCAUUCUCAGUGUGGAGGUGGGUGGACUUUUAGGAGUAACGCAGCAGCUGUCAUCUUUUGAAACGGAGUUCAACACACAGCCACAUCGCAAGGUAGAAGGAAACUUCAACCCGUUUGCCUCUCCCCAAAAGAACCAACAAUCAGAUGAAAGCAACUUAAAAGACCCUGGGGGUUCCAGGUUCGACUUGAUCAGCAAAAACACAUGGUCUUCUGCUCCUAACCAAACCGAGCAAGAUGAGAAUAGACUCUCACAGAACUCUGUAAAUCUGUCCCCCAGUAGUCACUCAAACAACUUAUCAGUAGUGACUUACAGUAAGGAAUCUCCUCUACCCUAG